AUGUAUUUAAAAAUUAUUUUUUUUGUAUUGAUGAACUGUCUCACGAUUUUUGUGAGGUUCGUUACGUCGGCAGAAGAUUUUCGACUACCCAAAUUUGCCGUACCUGAACGUUAUCAAUUGAAAAUAUUAACGGAUUUAACGCACGAUUUUACUUUUAAAGGACAGGUCAUCGUUGAUUUCUUCGUGACAAACGAAACGGAUAAAAUCGUUCUUCAUUCGAAAAAUUUACACGUUUUAGAAAAUCAAACGACUCUGAGAGAAAUUUCAAAUUCUGAUAAUGGCGACGCAUUUGAAAAUUCCAUCGUUCGACUUAGGAGAAAUUUAAAAAAAAAAAAAUUAACGGAAAAUGAAAGUCAAAAAAAUGACGACGAAUUUAUUUUAGAUCCGACGAGAAUUGUAUUUCCGGUUAGUAACGAAACAAACGUCAACGAAACUUUUAAUAAUAACGUUAAUCCCAACAGCGUUAAUCCGGAUAAUCAAUUAUCCAGUAAUGCUUCCGUACCUGACGAUACCAAAACUCCACAACUUUCCACAACGGUAGAAUUUUCCAAUGAAAAUUUUAACGAAACUCGCGUUGAUACCACGAACCACAGUUUGGAAGGAGUCGACGUAAGCCAAUCAUUGCCUUCUUCGACAGAAGAAACUUUCACCAUUAAGAACAAUCCAGUGAGUCAAUUUUCCAUCGUGACGGAACCGCAACAAACGAGUACUCUUUCGACGGUGGAACACGAUACCGAAGUACAAAAUUCCGUUAUCGCGAAUGACAAAAAUGUUUUCAAACACGAAUACAACGACGAAUAUGACUUUUUAACCCUCAAUUUUGGAAAACUUUUAACUCCGGGGAAAAAAUACAGGCUGGAAUUAAAUUACGAUGGAGUCUUAUCCGAUACUCUAACCGGAUUUCACAGAGUUCCAUACGUUAAAAAAUCCUCGCAAAAACCCACGUGGCUCGCGUCGACUGUUUUCGAACCGAACGAAGCGAGGACGGCUUUUCCAUGUUUCGACGAACCACAUUUGAAAGCGACGUUCGACGUGACGUUGGGUCACGAUAAAAAAUACACGGCACUUUCCAACAUGCCCUUAAAAUCAACAUCUUCGGUAGAAGGACGAUCGGAUUGGCAGUGGAGCACGUUCGAAACCACCCCCAAAAUGUCAACUUAUCUGGUAUCAUUUCUCAUAAGCGAUUUAGAAUAUUUAACGCCGCGACAAAACAAUACCAACUCCGAUCGAAACGUCGUCUAUCGUUUUUGGUCGCGACACGAUGUCCUCUAUAAAACGCGAUACGCAAUGAGAAUAGCUCCUCUGAUGAAAAACUAUUUGGAAAAUUUAUUCGACGUUCGCGACGUUUUACCCAAACACGAUUUCGUUGCUCUCCCGAGCUUCGUAAGCACCGCACUGGAAAAUUGGGGAUUGUAUUCUUUUGCAGAAAAAAAUUUACUUUUCACACCGGGAUUCUCAUCCCUGUUUAGUAAAUAUCAAAUCACUCAAGUUUUGGGACACGAAAUUUCACACAUGUGGUUCGGUAAUAUGGUCACCCCCAAGUGGUGGGAUCAAGUGUGGUUGAGCGAAGGAUUUUCAAAUUUUUUCGAAAUCGUAGCUUCCGAUCACAUUCAACCUCAAUGGGAUCUUAAAACGAUAUCUGUUAUAUUUGCUUACCUUAAAGUAUUUUCCCUCGAUGCUUUACAUUCAACUCACGCGUUGGUUCCAACGUUUGAUGAUCCAACCGAUGUCGGCGACAUAUUCGAUUCCAUAAGUUAUCAGAAAGGAUUUUACCUCGUGAGAAUGUUAAAUUACACUUUGGGACAAGAAUCGUUCAUGAACGGCGUACGAAAAUAUUUAAAAGCACACAUGCUUUCCAACGCUGAUGAAAAUGAUUUGUGGGAAGCAUUGAACGAAUUUGCACAUAAUGAAAACAGCAUACCCUCCGAUCUUCAUUUAAAAGACGUCAUGUUUAACUGGACCCGAAAACCAGGGUAUCCAAUAUUGAAACUGGAAAGAGAUUACACAAAUAAUACGGCAACUGUUUCGCAGAAACGUUUUGUUAGAUUUAAUGGCGAUUACGAAUUCAGAGAUAAUUCAAAUGAUUUUGAAAACAUGGAAACGAAAUGGUGGGUUCCGUUAACGUACACGACAGGAUCGGACAUGAAUUUCCGAGAUGUCAAACCGAAAGUUUGGUUGAAUCCAACCGACGAGUUUAUAACACUCGAAGACAUGCCCAGUAAAGAUGAUUUCGUUUUGAUGAAUUUGGAUGCUGCUGGAUUGUAUCGAAUUAAUUACGACGAUCGAAAUUGGGGUUUGCUCAUAUCAUAUUUACUAAAUGAAAAUUUUGAAGAUGUUUCCCUAUUGAACCGAGUUCAAAUUUUGGAUGAUUUGAUGGAUUUGGCACGAUCCGGAGAUCAAUCUUACGAAAGAGCUUUACAAGCCACGAGUUAUCUAUCGCGAGAAAAACAUUUUCUUCCCUGGAAAGCUGCCUUCAGUAAUUUCGAUUUCAUAUUGAGAAUGUUUCGAUCUAAAGACAGCAGCAGAGCUUUGAAGAAAUAUUUAAAAAAUUUAGUGAGCGCAAGAUUCGACGAAUUAGGUUUUGAAAUGAAAAAAAAUGAAAGUUUUUCAGACAGCAUGAAUAGAAAACAAAUAGUCAAAUGGGCUUGCAAAACCGGUCAUCGAGAAUGUACUAGAAAAAGUGUCAAUUUAUUUAGAAAAUGGAUGGAAGAAAAAAAACCAGACGAACGAAAUCCCGUACCGAGUAAUUUAAGAAACGUCGUUUACUGUUCAGCCAUCGAAAACGGUUCGAACAAAGAAUGGCAAUUUUUAUGGCAAAGAUAUUUAAAUUACGCUCUCACCGAUAAAACGGCAAUUCUCAACGGUUUGGGAUGUUCGAGAAGUGCAAGAACAUUAAAAAAGUAUCUUAAUUGGUCGAUAAAAGAAAGUUCGGGAAUAAGAAAACAAGAUUCGCCGAUCGUUUUUAAAUCCGUUGCCAAAAACGAUGCCGGUUUUCAAAUAGCUAAAAAAUUUUUAAAAGAAAAAAUGGGAGAAGUUCGUACCUAUUUGGGAAAUAAUCCAUUCUUCCUACCGCAAAUGAUUGACACGUUGUCAUCUAAAAUGAAUCAAGUAAAUGACCUCAAAGAUUUGGAAGAUAUUGAAAUGGAAAGCACGACAAAUUACAGAUCAGUUCCGAGAUGUUUUAAACAAGCAUUCGAGAGGAUAAGAUUUAACAUCGAAUGGACCGAUAAAAAUUAUCAAACAAUAACGGAUUGGUUAAAAAAACAAAAAUUUUAA